AUGAAUAGCAUUGAAUCUGAAAUCAACGUGCAAAAUGCAGAGACCGCUACUCGCUCUCAGCGCGUGCGGAUACAAGCAAGGAAAGUGGUGCGCAAGCUAACCACCAAAGAAGGGCUAUUUGGGGAUUACGACUAUGCCUUUCUCUUUACGCCAUCUUAUCCUUUCAGGGACUGGGUAAACCGUAAACGUGGAAUUGAGCCAGUUCUGAGAGAUCAGCCCUUUUUUUCGGUGUAUUCCGAAAUGCCUAUCUUACUGGGCCUGUUAUUGGGCCUGCAACACUCACUUGCAAUGUUGGCGGGUGUUAUUACACCUCCUAUUAUCAUAGCAUCCGUGGCAAAUUUCCCUACUGAGAUACAACAAUACUUGGUCUCAGCGUCACUUAUCGUUUCGGGGAUCAUGUCUUGCGUCCAAAUCACUAGGUUCCAUAUUCCAAAGACACCCUAUUACAUUGGUUCCGGUUUAAUAUCAGUGGUUGGCACUUCUUUCGCGACCAUUACUAUCGUUGAGAAGGCCUUUCCGAUAAUGUACAAAUCAGGAUUUUGUCCCACAGGUGCAGAUGGAACUCCAGGUCCGUGCUAUGCUGGUUAUGGUGCACUACUUGGUAGUGCGGCUUGUUGUGCUCUUCUUGAAGUUGCUAUGUCUUUUACUCCACCUAAAGUUCUGCAAAAAUUGUUUCCUAAAAUUGUGACUGGUCCAGUUGUGUUGUGUAUUGCUGUAAGUUUGAUUCAAAGUGGCUUUAACGACUGGGUUGGCGGAUCUGGUUGCGUUGGUGCUAUUUGUCCUUCUGAAGGUGCGCCCAUGGCAGGCGAAUGGGGGAGUGCAAGAUUCGUCGGUCUUGGUUUCUUGGUUUUCUUCAGUAUCAUUGUGUGUGAGAAGUGGGGGUCUCCUAUCAUGAAGUCUUGUGCUGUCAUUGUUGGUCUGAUUGUCGGCUGCAUAGUUGCCGCUGCCUGUGGUUACUUUGAUCGUACAUCGAUCGAGACUGCUCCAGCAGUCACCUUCAUUUGGGUACAUACAUUUCCACUUAAAGUGUAUGGGCCUAUUAUCCUUCCUAUGCUGGUCAUGUAUAUUGUUCUUGCACAAGAAUGUAUUGGUGAUGUGACCGCGACUUGCGACGUUUCCCGCAUGGAAGUUGAAGGUGAAUUGUACGAGUCUAGAAUUCAAGGUGCUGUGUUGAGUGAUGGGCUCAGUGGUAUAUUUUCAGCUCUACUCACUUUACCUCCUUUGUCAACUUUUGCUCAAAACAACGGUGUUAUUUCUUUGACCAAGUGUGCCAACAGACAGGUCGGCUAUUGGUGUUGUUUCUUUCUAAUAAUCAUGGGCAUUUUCGCCAAGUUUGGAGCCGCACUGGUGGCUAUUCCUAAGCCAGUUUUAGGCGGAAUGACUACCUUCUUAUUCACCAGUGUUGCCGUUUCUGGUUUAAAGAUUAUCUCCACAAUUCCAUUUACCAGACGUGACAGAUUUGUGCUGACUGGUACUUUGUUGUCUGGUUUUGGUGCUAUCUUGGUGCCUAAUUGGUUCGAAACCUUCUUUCACUACAAUGGUGACAAUGAAUCCCUAGUAGGGUUUUUGAAUGCCAUCAUUUUGAUCAUGGAAUCUGGGUUCGCAGUUGCCGGUAUUGUGGGCAUGAUUUUGAAUUUAAUGAUUCCACAACAACUCGACGAAGACUUGAUGGAUGAUAUCGAAGUUCAACAAGAUAAUCUGGCAGCCUUGGAAGGUGUUCAAUCACGCGAAGGUCAUAUACUCAAUAGUAAAGCUAAAGAAGCUUUUAGCAGAGAAAAUGAUCUCGAUCAAACUCAAAACAGUUUUGAAAUGAAGGGCAACAGGGUGACAGUUAAUGCAGGUGAGGCUUCUACAUCAGAUUAG